AUGUCGCAAUCUCUCCGGCCGUACCUCCAAUGCGUCCGCUCCUCGCUCACGGCGGCGCUUUCGCUCUCCAACUUCGCCUCGCAGGCGUCGGAACGCCACAACGUCCCUGAGAUCGAGGCGCAGACGUCACCCGAAGUACUUUUGAACCCUUUGACCGUUUCCCGCAAUGAGAACGAGCGCGUCUUCAUCGAGCCGAGUAUCAACUCGAUUAGAAUCAGCAUCAAGAUCAAGCAGGCGGAUGAGAUUGAGCAUAUCCUGGUCCACAAGUUCACGAGGUUCCUGACCCAGAGAGCCGAGUCGUUCUUCAUCCUGCGGAGGAAGCCGAUUAAGGGAUACGACAUUUCCUUCCUGAUCACGAACUUCCACACCGAGGAGAUGUUGAAGCACAAGCUGGUGGACUUCAUUAUUCAAUUCAUGGAGGAAGUGGACAAGGAGAUUUCGGAAAUGAAGCUCUUCUUGAACGCUAGAGCGCGUUUCGUUGCCGAGUCUUUCUUGACUCCUUUCGAUUGA